AGAUCAUUAAAGUAAUCCUUUCCAACUUAACAAUGUCCUGGCAAGAUAAUGUUAAUGAUGAUUAUGAAAAAUUAUUUGAAACUGACGAAGGAUAUGACGUUAUUAUUUAUGCCGGUGAAAAUGAAAAUGUUAAAGAACUACAUGCGUAUUCAAAUAUUUUACGUAUCAGGUCUCAAUAUUUUCGUACAGCACUUUCUGAUAAAUGGGCAAAGAAAAAGGAUGGAAAAUUUAUUUUAGAAAAACCAAACAUUUCUCCAAAUAUUUUUAAAAUUAUUUUAAGAUUUAUUUAUUGUGGAAAAAUUGAUAUAACGAAAUUAGAGGUACCAGAAUUAUUGAAGUUGUUAAUGGCAGUUGAUGAACUUAGUAUUCAAUCUCUAACCCCUCGUAUCGAAGAAUAUUUAAUUAAACAUCAAUACGAGUUUUUACAACAAAAUCCUAUAGGAAUUCUUGAAACAAUUUAUCAAAAUGAAACUUUUACAAGUUUAUUGGAUUAUUGUCUUAAUAAAAUUUGUAAAGAACCUGAAAUAUUAUUUAAUACUGACAAGUUUAUCGACUUAAAAGCACCUAUAAUUGAAUUGCUUAUAAAACAGAAUGAUUUAUGUUUAGAAGAAAUUGAAAUAUGGGAUAACUUAUUAAAAUGGGCUUUUGCACAAAAUCCUACUAUUUCAGAAGAUGUCACUAAAUGGAACAAAGAGGAAGUUACAAUUAUGGAAAGAACUCUUCAUAGAUAUAUUCCUUUAAUUAGAUUUUAUUAUAUAUCUUCAGAAGAUUUUCAUGAUAAAGUAUUUCCUUUUAAAGAAAUAUUACCAAAAGAUUUAAUUAAUAAUCUCUUUACAUUUUAUUUAGUACCAAACAGGAAAACAAAUAUUGAUAAACAACCUCCUAGACGAUCAACAUCAAAAUGUGACAAGUAUGAUUCAAUUAUUGUCAAUUUGCAACAUUUUGCAUUAUUUGCCAGUUGGAUUGAUAGAAAAAAUGAUAACUAUUUAAGAGAUGAUAUUCCCUAUAAUUUCAAUUUACUCUAUCGUUCUAGUAGGGAUGGUAAUACCAUUGCAAAAUUUCAUGAAAAAACUGAUAAUAAAGGAGCCAAUAUUGUUAUUGCAAAGUUUAAAAAUACAAAUCAAAUAAUUGGGGGAUAUAAUCCAUUAGAUUGGAGUGGACAAACCAUUUUUAGAUCUACAGCUGAUAGUUUUAUAUUUUCAUUUAAAGAUUACAAAAAUACUGAUACAGGGAAGAUUGGAAGAGUGAUAGAAAAGGGAUAUGCUAUAUACUGUUAUAAUAAAUAUGGGCCAAUUUUUGGUAAAGAUAAUGGUGGCGGUUGUGAUAUAAUGCUAUAUUCAAGUGGUGAAUGGAGUUCAUGCCCAGGUUCUUAUCCUGACAUUGGUAUCCCAAGAAAUUAUGAGAUUGAAAAUUAUGAAGUAUUUCAAGUUGUUAAUAAGAAUUAAAAAACAAUUAUAGAUUUACAUAAAAUUAAUGAUGUUGUAAAUUAAUAUUCUAAGAAACCAUUUUUCUAAAUAAAAUAUGUAUUUUUUAGUGUUAUUCUAUAUUUUAUGCUCUUUUUUUUGAAAAC